GCCCCCUCUGCCAGCCCCGGCCCCGGCCCCCGCCCACCCCCGGGGUGGAGGCAGCCGCGCCGAGCCGCCCGCGGGAGGAGAGCAGCGCUCCGCCGGCUCCGCGCCCCUCCGCGGGGCCAUGCAGCGCCCGCGCCCGCCCGCUCCGAGCGCAGCCUGAGCGCCGGGACGGGCCGGCACCGCGGCUCCGAACGCUCCGCGCCUCCGCCUCGCUCCCCCGCUGCCCCGCCAUGGGCAAGGGGCUGGAGGGCACAGCGGCCCGCUGCGGGCUGGGACUGGGAUACCUGCUGCACACGGUGGUGCUCCCCGCCCUGGCCGUCCUGGGGGCCAGCCGCCCCGGCUCCGCGGCGCAAGAUGACGACUUUUUUCACGAGCUUCCAGAAACCUUUCCAUCUGAUCCUCCAGAGCCAUUGCCCCACUUCCUCAUUGAACCUGAAGAGGCUUACAUUGUGAAGAACAAGCCUGUGAAUCUGUACUGCAAAGCAAGCCCAGCCACACAGAUCUAUUUUAAGUGCAACAGUGAGUGGGUUCAUCAGAAGGACCAUGUGGUGGACGAGAGAGUAGAUGAAACCUCUGGUCUGAUCGUGCGGGAGGUCAGCAUCGAGAUCUCGCGGCAGCAGGUGGAGGAGCUCUUCGGGCCGGAGGAUUACUGGUGCCAGUGCGUCGCCUGGAGCUCGGCGGGCACCACCAAGAGCCGCAAAGCCUACGUCCGCAUCGCCUAUCUCCGGAAAACUUUCGAGCAGGAGCCCUUAGGGAAAGAAGUGUCCCUGGAGCAAGAGGUGCUGCUCCAGUGCCGUCCCCCUGAAGGCAUCCCAGUAGCUGAGGUGGAGUGGCUGAAGAAUGAGGAGGUGAUUGAUCCCGUGGAAGACCGGAACUUUUACAUCACCAUCGAUCACAACCUGAUCAUCAAGCAAGCCCGGCUUUCUGACACCGCCAACUACACCUGUGUUGCAAAAAACAUCGUGGCCAAGAGGAAAAGCACCACAGCAACUGUGAUAGUCUAUGUGAAUGGAGGCUGGUCCACCUGGACAGAGUGGUCUGUGUGCAACAGCCGCUGCGGGAGAGGCUUCCAGAAGCGCACGAGGACCUGCACCAACCCUGCCCCGCUCAACGGCGGCGCCUUCUGCGAGGGCCAGAGCGUCCAGAAAAUAGCCUGCACCACUCUGUGUCCAGUGGAUGGCAAGUGGACAUCCUGGAGCAAGUGGUCCACCUGUGGCACGGAGUGCACCCACUGGCGCCGGAGGGAGUGCACGGCCCCGGCUCCCAAGAACGGGGGCAAGGACUGCGAGGGGCUGGUGCUGCAGUCCAAGAACUGCACAGAUGGGCUCUGCAUGCAGGGUUUCAUUUAUCCUAUUUCAACUGAACAAAGAACCCAGAAUGAAUAUGGAUUUUCUUCUGCCCCUGACUCGGACGACGUGGCUCUGUACGUGGGGAUCGUCAUCGCCGUGAUCGUGUGCCUGGCCAUCUCGGUGGCCGUGGCCCUGUUUGUGUACCGCAAGAACCACCGCGACUUCGAGUCGGACAUCAUCGACUCCUCGGCUCUGAACGGCGGCUUCCAGCCCGUCAGCAUCAAGGCUGCCAGGCAAGACCUGCUGGCAGUGCCCCCAGACCUCACUUCAGCUGCAGCCAUGUACAGGGGUCCGGUGUACGCCUUGCAUGAUGUCUCUGACAAAAUCCCAAUGACCAACUCUCCAAUCCUGGACCCGCUCCCCAACUUGAAGAUCAAGGUUUAUAACACCUCUGGUGCAGUCACUCCCCAGGAUGACCUCUCUGACUUCUCCUCCAAGCUGUCCCCACAGAUCACACAGUCUCUGCUGGAGAAUGAGACCCUGAACAUGAAGAACCAGAGCCUUGCUCGGCAGACUGACCCGUCAUGCACAGCAUUUGGGACCUUCAACUCCUUAGGAGGCCACCUAGUAAUUCCCAGUUCAGGAGUAAGUUUGCUGAUCCCAGCGGGAGCCGUUCCACAAGGGAGAGUCUAUGAAAUGUAUCUGACAGUUCACAGGAAGGAGAACAUGAGGCCACCUGUAGAAGACAGCCAGGCCCUGCUGACCCCCGUGGUGAGCUGUGGCCCCCCAGGAGCCCUGCUGACCCGGCCCGUGGUGCUGACCAUGCACCACUGCGCAGAGCCCAACACAGAGGACUGGCAGAUCCAGCUGAAGCACCAGGCUGCCCAGGGACCCUGGGAGGAUGUGGUGGUGGUCGGAGAGGAAAACUUCACUACCCCGUGCUAUAUCCAGCUGGACCCGGAGGCCUGCCAUAUCCUGACAGAAACCCUCAGCACCUAUGCCUUGGUGGGACAGUCCAUCACCAAGGCAGCAGCCAAACGUCUCAAACUGGCCAUCUUUGGGCCGCUGUCCUGCUCUUCCCUGGAGUACAGCAUCCGGGUCUACUGCCUCGACGACACGCAGGAUGCUCUUAAGGAGGUCCUCCAGCUUGAGCAGCAGAUGGGUGGGCAGCUUUUGGAAGAGCCUAAAACUUUGCAUUUCAAGGGAAGCACCCACAACCUCCGUCUGUCCAUUCAUGACAUUGCCCAUUCUCUCUGGAAGAGCAAGCUGCUGGCUAAAUACCAGGAAAUUCCCUUUUACCACAUCUGGAGUGGAUGUCAGAGGAACCUGCACUGCACCUUCACACUGGAAAGGUUCAGUCUGAAUACCCAGGAGCUGGUGUGCAAACUGUGUGUGCGGCAGGUCGAAGGAGAAGGACAGAUCUUCCAGCUCAACUGCUCUGUCUCAGAGGAGCCUACUGGCAUUGACUAUCCUGCCAUGGACUCAGCAGGCAGCAUCACCACCAUCGUGGGGCCCAGUGCUUUCAGCAUCCCACACCCCAUCAGGCAGAAGCUGUGCAGCAGCCUGGAUGCUCCCCAGACCAGGGGCCACGACUGGCGCAUGCUGGCCCACAAGCUGAAACUGGACAGGUACUUAAAUUAUUUUGCCACGAAAUCAAGUCCCACCGGGGUGAUCCUGGAUCUCUGGGAAGCCCAGAAUUUCCCUGAUGGCAACCUGAGCAUGCUGGCAGCAGUUCUUGAAGAAAUGGGAAGGCACGAAACAGUUGUUUCUUUGGCAGCAGAAGGAAAUUACUGAUGCAGCCUUGGCAUGACCAGGAAGGACAGACACAGGGAGCGGUGAUGCCCUGUUAUUGCAAACCAGAAUUGAAAUGAAAACCCAGACCAAUGAGUUACACAAGAGACGUUUCAGAGAAGAAAGCAAACAAACAAACAAAAAAAAACCAGCCCUGACCUUCACACGUGCUCUCCUUGUACAUUGUCACAGGAUCAGAAAGAGAUCAUGCAAAGUUGUACCUUGAAAAUAUAAAUCAACCUACUGUUCCUCUCGGCUUGGCUGUACACUGCUUGGUACAGGUUUUUACAGUUUCCUAGGAAACGCUUUUUAUUGCUAUCCAGAUAUAUGGAUAAACUUUCUUAACAAUCCCAGUUUCUAUGGAUGUUGUUUACAUCAAAUUCUGGACAGGGGUAAGGAAACUGUCCAUGGCUCUUUAUAUUUUUUGUUUAAAGCCAUUGUAGACAAGGCUAUGGACAGUUGGUUGUGGCUAUUUCAGCUUGUUGGUUUCUGGUGAAUUCAGAUUUUGGCUACAAUUCUGCACAUUGGUUGUCUCGCAAUGAUCCUCCUGUCAUUGUUCUGUUUCCUAGACCUACUUGUAAAAAAAAAAAAAAUCAAACCAAGAAAAUCAGGGUGUGCAUCUGGAAAGCAGGUACUCUGGCUGAUAAGCAGGAACACACAAAAUGUUCCCUUUCUUCCCCAAGACAGUCCCACUCAGCCUGUGUGGAGAAUAGCUCUAAGACAGUGGGGAAUGAAGGAUCUGAGUUAAUUUUCAAUUCACACCCUUUCCACCCCUUUGCUAUAUGAGGGGCAAGAUAUGCAAUUUAGAGUGGUUGGAGGGGAGGGGGAGAAACCCAGAAAAAAGUAAAAAAAAAAAGAAGUUGCUAUGAUAGUUAUUUGCUGAUUAGUAUCUAGUGCAAGGAUUAUAAUGACUAUUAUUAUUACCAUUAUUACUUUCUUUCUAAUAUUGUCAGCAGCAGAAUGAAUAAUUUCUGGUUUUCAGGAACCUGUUGUCCUCUCCCUGAAGGUCUUUUAAGACAUGUCCCUCUCCAUAAUGUCUGUCCUUCCCUUUGUCAUCGUACUCCUCCUCCAAAGUCCCCUGCCAGCCCACAGAGGCUGCUCACCUGGUGUUAGCAUUGCUGUGCUCCAUCCCAGUGCCAAGGCAGCAUCAGCUGUGACACUCUGCUGAUCUUCACCCACCGGGUGUUUGCCCCUGGCAUGCUUUGCACCACCCUGGUGCCUCCAGGUUUCUCCAAGAAGCAGUGCUGUCCUGAGGUGGCUGUGAAGCAGAGAUGGCUCCAGUCCUAAUACACACAGACCCUGGUUCCUGACCACAGGAGCAAGAGCAAGUGGAGGCACUGACAUCCACCACCUGAUUUGUGCACCCAAGGUGGGCCUCCAUAGCUUGUGCUUUGUUUUGUAGUGUUCUAAGAGCUCCUGUUAGUUCCCCACUGAAGCCCACACCUCCAGCAAUGCUUACUGCACCAGGGCUGCUGACAGCCCAGCCCUCUGCUGGGUCACCUGUGUGUGAGGUGCACUUGAUCUCCAUGGAUAUCCCCAGGCUUUGUUGCAGCCAGGGGAGCAGUAUUCCUUGGGCCAGUGGAGUGGUGCAGCUGAAAUCCUGUGUGCUGCAGUUUGCUGGGGCAGGGCAGGGCAGCCCUCCAUGGCUGGCCAGGGAACUCUUGUACCCCUACAGCCCUCACCAAACAGGUGAGCUGGGAACUAAGCAUAAGGGGAAAACCAAAAAUGGUUGUCACUGAAACCGUAUUUUGUUCUGUUCAGUGAAAAUUCUGACUUUGGUACAUGACAGCACAUGGGUUUGCAGUUUUACUGCCUGCCUGGGCUGUCAUUAGUGUCUGGCACAGAAAGGCUUUCUGCCCCAACCUGUCCACUCCAGGUGUGCAGCCAGGCCCUGGUUAUUGCUGUGCACACAUGCAUGUCCCUGCCCAUAUAUGCAUUACCAUUCCAUGUGCUUCCUGAGACUGGAGCUAGCUUGUUCUCUUUUGUGGUUUUGGUUUUGCUUUCCCCAAGGCUUUCCAGAUUGCACCUUUGAAGGUAACUCAAAAUGUCAUUGGUCAAAGUGAAAAGAAAAUUUCAUCUGACCUUUUUUUCCAUUUGACAUUUCCAUAGGCUUGUCACUUCUUGCUUAUAAUUUCUCAGCUCCCUGGCCAGUGAGUUAGGUUUUGAUUGACCACCAGGCAGCGAGCACAAAAAGUUAUAACAGGUAACCAGGCAGUUUGCAAACCAGCAUUUCAGUCAAAACUGGAGACCAGAGGACAUGCAUUGUAACUUUCAACAUCUGUGUGCAUUUUUCUUGUGUAAGCCCCACCUUCUCUUGAUGUGGAGAUGCCAUGGGUAUCCUCUCAAUGAACAACCAUCUUCUUUUUCACCUUGGGCAUCUGGUGCAGUCCACUGCAAUGCUAAUGGAAAUUUUGCUUUCAGCUUCUGGAGGAUUGGGCUGGGGCUUCCAGCUCUGCCCUUUCUCCACAUCUUUUACUUACCUUAGAGAGCUAAAAUGGCUCUUAAAAAUAGGCCUCAGCUUCUCUCCCUCCCAUGCCAUCUUUAGGUGUAACCAGUUGUGUUUAGUUUGUGCUUCUUCACCGUUCCCACGUGUCCUUCCCUGACUGCUCUUCCAAGGCAGGUGCAGG